AUGGACACGUAUGUGAAAUAUUCUGAAAUAUGUGUGGGACCAUUUCAGGAUGCUGUCAUCUUCAAGUUUACCAACGUCGCCUGCGAGAGCCACAAUACAUCCUGGUUUGUGUUCCAUAACUGUCGUCUGAAGGCCGUCAGUCGGAACAAAGUGCUCUGCAAUAUGAAUGGAACGGUGCUACAUCCAGCCAAAGAUAUAUCAAUUCAUGCCCGGGUGUUAAAAAGGGAAAAUGGAUACAAGCCCUGGCUAUUCGAUUUUCAUGUUGAUGUCUGCCGGUAUUUGCAAAAGCCGAAUAUCCCCGUGGCUAACUUAAUAUAUGGGCUAUUUAAAGAGUUUUCAAACAUAAACCACACUUGCCCCUUUGUGGGUCCACAAAUUGUCAAGGAUUUUUAUCUGAAGUUCGAGCUGUUGCGUCUGCCCCUCCCGACGGGGGAUUAUAUGUUGUCCCUUCUGUGGUUCUUCGAUAAGAAGCUGCAAUUUGAUACAAAUGUGAGUUUUACAUUCGUAGAGGAUCUCCUGCAGAGAAAUUAA